AAGUACAAAAGACACUCUGGAACAUCACAGAAUACUCAGUGACGCAAUGGUCUAGUUAAUGAGUAACUUAGGGGUUCAGAGCUAUUCGUUUUUUAAAGACAGACAGCAAGUCCACUGCUGACCUCAGUUAGGCUACAGCAAUAGCAAGCCAUCACAAGAAAUAUUCAAAGGAAAUUUCUGGCCAAAAAGGCAGAACAUGCGUCAUAUAUUUUGCCCUCUCCUUCUGCUCUCCUGCCUCUCGGUAGGCCUAGCGAACCGUGUAUAUGUCCACCCGUUUAACCUCUUCGCCUCUGAGAACGUCAGCUGUGAGACCAUCAAAACCAAAGUGACCAAACCUCUGGAGACUGUCCCUUUGACCCCCCUUAACAAUGACAGUGUGGUGCCUGACACUCGAGACUUCUCAGGCACUGACAGACUGAAACAGAACGUCACUCAGCGCACUGCUGUACUGGCAGAGCUGCUCAACUCUCUGGGCAUCCGGAUGUACAAGGCUCUGAGCAGCAAGCAAAAGGACUCCAACACCUUGCUCUCGCCCAUGAACACCUUUGGCUCUCUGGUCACCUUGUACCUGGGGGCCUCCAAAAAAACAGCCAUCCCUUACCAGCAGCUGCUGGGCCUGAACAGGGACACGGACAGAGACGACUGUGUCUCCCUAGUGGAUGGCCACAAUGUUCUUCGCACUCUGCAGGACAUCAAUUCCCUGGUGGAUGGGCCCAAGGAUGAGAUCAACACUUGUGUGUGGGCCUUUGCUCGCAAGGGCGCUGACCUCUCGAAGGACUUUGUCCAAGGCACCCAGGACUUCUCUGAUGCCUCAUACAUCAGAGCAGUGGAUUUCUCCCAACCCCAGGAAGCUGAGACCCAGAUCAACAACUUCAUCCAGAAGACAUCAGACAGGAAAAUCACGAGCCUGUUCAAGGACCUUAGCUCAACCACAGAUCUACUGUUUGUCAGCUCUGUCCAUUUCAAAGGCAACUGGAGGAAGGCGUUCCAGACAGAGAAAACUACCAUGCAGGAGUUCAAGGUUGAUGCAACAACAACUAUCAUGGUCCCUCUCAUGACCCACACAGGCAACUACAAGUACCUGAAUGAUAAGGACAUGAAGUGCACCGUGGUGAAACUAUCUCUGAGCAAACGGGCCUACAUGCUGCUGGUGCUGCCUCACGAGGGGAGCAGCCUGCAUGACAUGGAGCCUCAACUACAGUCAGGCAUCAUCUCUGGCUGGAACAGGCAUCUGAAGGAGGGGUUCCUGGAACUGUCUCUGCCCAAGUUCUCCAUGACAUCCUUGACUGACCUAAGGUCAUUGCUCUUUGACAUGGCAGCUGUGAUUGAGAAAAGUCUGCUGGGUUCAGAUGCUGAGUUUGAGAGACUCAGCAGUAAGAAGCCGUUCAGUGUUGAUAAGGUGUUCAACAAAGUCAUGUUUGAGAUGUCUGAAGGUGGUGCUGAGACUCAAGACAAGACCCAAGAUGAAGGGGUUCCCCUCAAAUUCACUGUCAACAGGCCCUUCUUCUUCGCUAUUGUAGAGGGAAACUCCAAUGCUAUUCUCAUGCUGGGAAAAAUAAGAAACCCGACUCUUUAGGGCAUCUACAUCAAUCAACAUAACAAAUCUGUGACCAACUGCAGAAGAAUGCACAUGAAAGCCUCCUGGAUCAGCAGACUUGCGGGUUUGUACUGACAGAUCAAUGCAAUAUUGCAUGUUCCCUUACUAGUAUGAUCAUUUAUUCCAGGAGUUAAGAACUUAUGUAUACAUCAUGCGUCAUGUUUGUGAAAAAACACAAUAUUACGCUGUAUUAAGAUGUAAUGUAUUCACAUAGAGCACAUUCAAAUCAAAUCAAAUUGUAUUUGUCACAUGCGCCAAAUACCACAGGUGUAGACCUUACAGUGAAAUGCUUACUUACAUGCCCUUAACCAACAACACAGUUUUAAGAAAAUCCCUAAAAAAGUAAGAGAUAAGAAUAACAAAUAAUGAAAGGGCAGCAGUAAAUAACAAUAGCGGGGCUAUAUA